GAGCUGAAAAAACUAGAAAAAUGAUUCGUUCACACUUCAGAGGAGGAACGGAAUGGGCAGAUGAAGGUCUAGUUUUAUCAACUCCUAGUGAUCAAGCAUGUAAACUAUUUGAUUCAGCUUUAUCUCAGCUUAUUGGAUGGUAUGAUGACAAAACAUUUGGUGGUUUGAAGACAACACUAGAAAAUAUGAAAGUAGCAGAUCCAGAUUUUGUGAUGGGCCAUGUGAUGUCUAUAGGCUUAGAUCUUAUUGGCAGUGGAAGGACACCACGACUAGACAACAGUUUUAAAAUGGAAAUUGAAACCAUGGAAUCUUUAGCCAAAAAGCAAGCUGAUGGUUUAACUCAGAGAGAACAAAGUCAUGUUAAGGCUAUCCAGUUGUGGGCAGACGGGUAUCUGAAAGAAGCCACUGGUGUGUUGGACAAUAUCUUAGUGAAACACCCAACUGAUAUGUUUGCUAUAAGAAUGGCUCAUGAUGGCUAUUUUUACCAAGGCCACCUACCACAGAUGCGAGAUUCGAUUGCUCGAGCUCUUCCUCAAUGGAAACCAGCCACUCCUUUGUAUAGUUACUUGUUUGGCUUAUACGCAUUUGGACUGGAGGAGACAAACUUUUACUCUACAGCAGAAGGAUUUGCUCGAAAGGGACUGUAUCUAAACCCUAAUGAUGCUUGGGCAACCCAUGCUCUUGCCCAUGUGUUUGAAAUGGAAAGUCGUACCAGUGAAGGAGAGGCCUUCAUGAGUUCCACAGUAAACAACUGGGAGUUGGGUAACAUGUUGGCUUCUCAUAACUACUGGCAUUGGGCAUUGUAUCUUAUUGAACAGGGAGAGUUCGAGGCAGCAAUAGACAUAUUUGAUGCACAAGUUGGUAAAAGAAUGCUUUUGGGAAGAUCACUAGGCAUUGAUGCUACAUCUCUGCUGUAUCGCUUGGAACUUGAAGGAGCCCAAGUGAAGGACAGAUGGCGAGAAGUUUAUGAAGUAUGUUGUACACACAUGGAAGACCACAUUUUAGCUUUCAAUGAUGCCCAUCUUUUUAUGUCAUGUCUUGGGGCUAAAGAAAAAAAUGCUACAAGACUAAUGAUGAAUUCACUUGAUGAAUACCUCAGAGAAAGUAAGGGGACCAACCCUGAAGUUACUGCUAAAGUAGGAAGUAAAAUUAUCCAAGCUCUUCUAGCAUAUGAUGAAGAGAGAUAUGAAGAUGUAGUUUCUAUCCUCUACCCUGUACGAUACGAGAUUGUUCAAAUUGGUGGAAGUAAUGCUCAGCGGGAUGUAUUUAACCUGCUUCUUAUACAUGCUGCUUUGAAGUCUUCAAAGAGGUAUCAUCAUUGCCUAGCUCAGUGUCUUUUGUAUGAUCGAAAAGCUUUUAGAGGUACUUCACCCAUGAUGGAUCGUUUGAUGGCAAGAGCUUUGGCUUCCCAUCAAGUAUGAUAAUUUGAUUUAUGUAACUGAUUCUUCAUUGUUUGUCAAGAAAGAACCUUGUUGCCAAGUAAAUACCAUCAAGAUGCAAAGUGAAUAUGUUAUGUUAAAAUUCUUCAUAGAUUGUAUUACAAUAAGUUUUUAUGUUAGCCAUUUACUUAAAUGAUGUCUUAUUAGUCAUGCAUAAAGGAUAAUGAAAUUUCCAUAAUGGAAAGUUUUAAGCUAUUGGCAGUUGCAUUUUUUUUCUCCAGAGUGACAUUAGUGUUAAUUAAUUUUUUCUUGAACACAAAUUGUUACAUUUAUGCAUUAUAACAAAAUUAUCUUUCUUGUUCUGCUGUACAUAAACCUUAAUAAUUAUGUUGUUUCUGAUUAAAGUUAAAAAGAUUGUACAUUUUUGGCAUUAAUGUAAAACGGGGUUUUACUAAAACAAAUUUUGUCAUAAAAAUAGCAAACAGUUUACAUGUUGGAUUUUAAGAAAAUUUGAGCUUUAGCAUAGCCAAAAAAUUUCAGUUUGUCUGAAAUAGCACAUUAUCAACUGUUAUUGCUAAAUAUUAUUGAUACACAAAACAACCACAAUUAAAGAAUUCAAAUUAGAAAUAGCCAUGAUAAAAACAGAAAACACUAUGCAGUACUGCCAUUUUUCUUUCCUAGCACAAAUAUUUUGUGUAGCUUUCUUGAUUUGUUAUAUUGUUAUUUGUGAAAUAAAAGUACAUUUAUACUUCCAAGAGUAAA